CUCUCAUCGUUGUUGAUUGUGCUUUAGUCUUUCUCGUGUUUGCAAACGUUGUCGCCGCGAAUUUACUCACGUACUUUACAAUUCACUAAACAUAUGUAUUAACCUUUUUAAACGCUAAUAAAAAUAUAAACAUUUACAAACUAUUGAGCAAAGUGUUGUUAUGUGUUCAUGUGGAUUUAAGACGUCGUUUCGGAAACUCGAGCAUCCUGUGAUGAGUGACAUUGCGGAGAUAUUACUCUCGAUUGCAUACCAUACGAUACGCGAAGAAGCUGUGACACUUUAUAAUGAGUAGACAUUGAGUACGCGGUAACUGGCAUUGCGAAACAGCUGAACACGUGUGCGCGGUGUUCGGCGAUGAACAUCAGAGCUGCAGUGCUUGUGCAGGCGCACCGAAGUGUAGUGCGCUGAGCGCUGCGCCGAGGGCGAUGAGGAGAAACUGAGCAGCGAUCAGUAAGCAGGGACACUUGCGCCGCUGCGAUGGACGACCCUGAGCGCAUAGCCCGCGAUUACGCCGCCUGUGAGCUGCGCAAUAACAUCACCCUCCGCCCGGCCGGGUUGUACUGCGAAGGCACUUUCGACACGUGGCUGUGCUGGCCGCACACCGCCGCCAACACCACGGCCUACGAGCACUGCCCCGAGUUCGUACACGGCUUCAGCCCUGAACUGUUGGCCCACAAAGAAUGCACGGAAAACGGGACAUGGUUCACACAUCCAUUGACUGGCAUGCCAUGGUCCAACUACACCACGUGCGUCAAACCCGAAGAUGACGUGAGCGAGAUCAUCACGGUGUACGAGGUGGGGUACAGCGUGUCGCUCGUCGCCUUGCUCCUCUCCCUCGGUAUACUCUUCUACUUUAAAAGCCUGCGGUGCGCGCGCAUCACCGUCCACAUGAACCUGUUUGCGUCGUUCGCCGCCAACAACGCGACUUACGAGUUCGAUUACGCUAAUGUUGAGAAGUGGUCAGCUAUAGAUAUAGGCGUAGCGAAAGUCGAUGGUGAAUUUGAUUUUUCUAAGGGUGAUUGUUCAUUCAGACCGCAGGCUAUAGGCAUUAAUUAUGAUCCUAAAUAUCAAGCUCCUGGCGUCGAUGCGAUUGUCUUGGGCUGGGGACAUAAAUCAGUAUGGAAACAACCUGGAGACGAAACACGUCUAGUACAAAAGAAUCUUGAUUACGCACCAGUGACGAUUAUAAACAAAAAGAAAUGCAAAGAAGGUUACAAGGAUAUUCCAGAUUUGCAAGUUGUGAUAGAGAAAUACAUGAUUUGUACCCACGGAAAAGGCAACCUUGAUAGUGGAGGUAACAUUAUAGUUACAGUGAAGCCAGAUGCUGAUGGAUGCAGCAAAUCCGAGGUAAAAUAUUAA